AUGGUACGUAUUCGCCACGACAUGAUAGGCAAUAGUAACGACAUGAUAGACAUUUGCCACGACAUGGUACGUAUUCGCCACGACAUGAUUGGCAAUCGUCACGACAUGAUUGGCUAUAUUCACGACUUGAUAGACAAUCGUCACGACAUGAUUGGCAAUUGUCACAAUAUGAUAGGCAAUCCUCAUGACAUGAUAGGCAUUCGCCACGACAUGACCGACAAUCGUCACGACAUGAUAGACAUUCACCUCGACAUGAUAGGCAAUCAUCACGACAUUAUAGAAAUUCGCCACGACAUGAUGGACAUAUACAACACGACUGUAGCAUGGUAUACAACCAACAAUACCGUUGCCGUGACGACAGCAAGCGGUUACGAUGAUGACUGGAAAUUGUUAGACCCAGCUUUCUUCCACGAGCAAUCAUGGGUUCGAUUCGUGUAUGGUUUCAUUUCAAUAAUGGGUGCCAUUGGCAACGCUGCUGUCAUGGUUACCAUCCUUAAAUCGCGAUUUCUGCGAACAAACACGUACUACUUUAUCCUAAGUCUAGCCUUUGCAGAUUUCAUGUGCUGCGUGAUUUCUUUAGCCAUAAAGGUAUUCCCUAUCGUUCAUGUGCCACCGGGGUUCGCAGGGGAACUACUCUGUCGUAUUAUCAUCUCAGAGUUCUUACUGUGGACGAGUGUUGUUUGCUCGGGUUUCCACCUAGGCGCCGUGACCAUCGAAAGGUACCUCGCUAUUGUAAAGCCAUUUAUUUAUGUCAAUUAUACGAAGAAGACGGCAGUGAUUUGUAUCAUUUGUUUAUGGUCACUCACUUUGAUAUGUGAACCGUAUCUAAUCUACAUAUACACCUAUGAGAAUGGUCACUGCACGACCAUUCACACCGAGAGAGCUAGAAGAUACACGCAAAUCAGUGCUAUCAUGAUCUUUUUCCUCUCCUACGUGACACCGAUCGUCAUCAUGAUUAUAGGGUACGGUUCUAUUUUUCACACAUUAAAAAUAGAAGAGAGGGCUAUGUUAGCAACAUCUGGUCCGCAGAAGGAGCUGGAAAGGGAGAAAUUAACUGCUCGCAAGAACGUCAUCAAGAUGCUUAUGAUUGUAGUGACCACGUAUUUCAUGUGCCUGACACCGAAUCAAAUCGUUUGGUUUGGAUUCAAUGUCGGCCUGACUGUAGAUUUCAACAGUGCUUAUUACAAUAUCACUGUCAUGGCAACCUUUGCCAAUUCGUGUAUGAAUCCCAUAAUUUACACUAUACGAAAUAAAAGAUUUCGUAAUGAUUUGAAAGCGCUGAUCUGCCGCAAAACAAAUCAAAUUGAUAACUCAUCGUUUACCUAA